AUGCCAGACUCAUUCUAUCUAAUCCCUGAGGUUCCGCCACCUGAUGAUCUCUCGGAUACGGCAUCUUAUGUCCCAUCUUUGUUCAUUGCAAAUGUCCCUGACUACCCGCCCUUUGAUGAUGGGAUGUCUACUGUUUUAUUGAAUGCAAGUAGUGGGUCCGAUAGUAAUAGCCCAGCUGAUGACAAUCAUUGUAAUAUACCAAGUGCCUUUACAGCACAACUAUAUUACUCUUCUGAUGACUCUGUUCAUGGAGAUACAUCUUGUAAUAGACAGACUAGAUCUCCCCCACCAUUAAGAGGCAGGAAGAAAGCUACAAAGGUGACCAAAAGGAAAAAUCAUGGCUGGUCAAUGUCCAUUCAAUCCCUGGAGGAGGAGUAUCACUCAAGUUCAAUCUCUGGUGUCAAUCAAUAUUGUUUGAAAGUCAAGAAGGCAGUGUCGAAUUUGGAAAUUCGGAGGUCUGUAAAACAAUGCCAUGGUGAUGACACGAUGACUACUGAGAGGGCUGCACACUCAAAAGGUUCAGCUGUCAGCUAUUCUAGGAAGGUCAAAGUGCAGUCUUUUGGUACUUGGCGUAUGACAGUGGAAAGUGAUCUACUAUAUACUUCCUCUGACUCUGAGGGAAGUAGGAAACGAAGAUCAGAAAAGCCCAUAAAGGAAGCCAUGGAUUUUCCUACAAAAAAGAUGAAAAGUGCUAUUGGAAGUAAAGAGACAGGAAAAGGGCUUAGAAUCCCGAAGAUGGCCACUCCAUUUGAAAAUAAUCUGAUGUGCUUUGCGGCGGUUGUGCUAGAACGACUGCCUUCACUUUUAUGA